AUGGCCGAUCAACCCGAAAAGACUGCCGCCGCCGCUCCUGCUGCCCCCGAGGCGCAACCUUCCACCACCACCACCACCACCACUACUGAGCCUGCGGUUUCCGAAUCCCAGCCUCAGCCCGAAGUCGAACAGAAAGUCGAGCCUGUGACGACAGGAGAAGAAGCAGCUUCUCCUGCCCCCGCUGCCGCUGCCACGGAACCUCCCGUGACGGAACCCGCUCCCGCUCCCGCCCAGGAGGCCCCCGAAGAUAAGAAGGAAGAAGAAAAACCCAAGGAAGAGACCAAGGAGACCAAGACUGAGGAACCCAAGGAGGAGCAAAAGGCGGAUGAGCCCAAGGCUGAGCCAAAGGCCGAAGAAGCAAAGAAGGAGGAGGAACAAAAGCCCGCUCAGCCCGAGUAUCUGGCCAAGAACCCGGCCCUCAGCCAGUUCUUCGAUCGUCUGUCGGCCAUUCUCUCCUCCACUGGCUACAAUGAGAUGUGGGGUGUCACCCUCAAGGACUCCUCGGAUGUCCCCACCGUCAACAUUCUCAUCAAGUUCCUGCGCGCCAACGAGGGUAACGUCAAGCUGGCCGAGGAGCAGCUCACCAAGGCCCUGCAAUGGCGCAAGGAGAUGAACCCCCUCGCCCUGACCGAGGGCCGCUACAGUGCUGAGCGCUAUGGUGGUCUGGGCUAUGUCACCAAGUACCCGGAGGCCAAUGGCAAGGAGGUCAUUGUCACUUGGAAUGUCUAUGGUAAUGUCAAGUCGAUUGAUCAGACCUUUGGCGAUGUGGAUGGAUUCAUCAAGUGGCGUGUCGCGCUCAUGGAACUCGCUGUCAAGGACCUGAAGCUGAGCGAGGCGACGACCGUGAUCGACUACGACGGCGAGGACCCGUACCAGAUGCUCCAGGUCCACGACUACCAGAACGUCAGCUUCCUCCGCCUGAACCCCACCAUCAAGGCGGCCAGCAAGAAGACCAUCGAGGUGUUCUCCAUGGCCUACCCCGAGCUGCUGCGGGAGAAGUUCUUCGUUAACGUGCCUGCCAUUAUGGGCUGGAUGUUCGCUGCCAUGAAGGUCUUCCUCAGCAAGAACACCACCCGCAAGUUCCACCCCAUCUCCAAUGGUGCCAACCUGGCCCGCGAGUUCCCUUCCCUGAAGGAGAAGUUCCCCAAGACCUACGGUGGUAACGGCGCGACCCUCGAGGAGGAUGCGUUCACGGUCAACCUUGAGAAGGCCCAGCCUGCUCCGGAAGCCCCCAAGGAGGAGGCUAAGGAGGAGCCCAAGCAGGAGCAGACCGAGGCCCCUAAGGAAGAGGCCAAGGCAGAACCGGCUGAGGCUCCCAAGGAAGAGGUGAAGGAGGAAGCCAAGACAGAGCAGCCGGCGGCUGAGGAGCCCACCAAGGCAGAGACUGCAGUGACGGCCCAGGAGGCGCCCGCCGCGGAAGCCAAAUAA